AGUGAGACCAGUUGUUCAGUGGGUCUGCUGGUCCAGACCUCCCCUGGAUCCCAGCCUCUGUAAUCCCCUUGGAUGUGUUGUGAUGAGGAGGAGGAUGAAGGUAAGUCUGUAAGCCUCCCGUCUCCUGACAGACCGCACAGUAAAGACCACAGGGUGAAGACCACAGCAGCGCUACCAGAGACCCACCAACCCAAGGAACCAAGCAGAAUGUCUAACUCUGCACAUGAAGGGGAGGAGCUACCAGUCAACUAUACGGGUCCCAAGGGCGUGAUCAACGACUGGAGGCGGUUCCGACUGGAUCUGGCCGAGCAGCCAGUCAGGAGAGAGCUGCUGAGACAGAUGAGCAGGGAGGAGGGGCCGGAGAGACCCGGCCGCAAGAUGAGUGUUCAGGAGUGUGAGCUGGUGCAGCAGCAGGGGGAGCGCGGCCUGCGGCGCUACCGGCGGCAGUGCAUGCAGGAGAUGCACCAGCGGCUGAGCUUCGGGCCCACCUUCACCGUCGUGCUGGAGCUGCUCAGCGGGGAGCACUUCCUGGAGGUUGUGGAGCAGGAGCCCCGAGCCCUGGUGGUCGUCCACAUCUACCAGCCCGGGGUCACAGGCUGUGAGGAGAUGAACUCCUCUCUGGACUGCCUGGCGUCAGAAUAUCCCAGCGUCAAGUUCUGUCGAAUCGACGCCGUGGCAACCGGAGCCAUAGAACGCUUCUCCUCCGACGUGCUGCCCGCCCUGCUGGUGUACCGGGCCGGGGAGCUGCUGGGGAACUUCCUGUCCGUCACCAAACAUUUCAACCAGGAGUUCUUCGCCACCGACGUGGAGGCGCUCCUCAACCAAUACGGACUGCUGCCCGAGAAGGAGAUCCCGGCCAGCCCCGGGGAGGAGGGGGAGGAGGAGGAGGAAGAGGAGGAGCAGAUAGAGUAGAGGAGGAGGAGAAGGGAGGAGGGGGAGGGGGAGGAGCAGAUAGAGGAGGAGAGAUGGGAGGUCUUCUCAUAACUGGUCCAGGACCAGUUAGAAUAGAGCAUCACUGGUCCUGUUAGAGUCUGGUCCACACACAGUAGGACGAGCUGAAGCACCACACACACACACACACACACACACACACACACACACACACACACACACACACACACACACACACACACACACACACACACACACACACACACACACA